AUGGCCACCCUGCUCCGCAGCAAGCUGUCCAACGUGGCCACGACCGUGUCCAACAAGUCUCAGGCCAAGGUGAGCGGCAUGUUCGCCAGGAUGGGUUUUCAGGCGGCCACCGACGAAGAGGCGGUGGGAUUCGCACACUGCGAUGACCUAGACUUUGAGCACCGCCAGGGGCUGCAGAUGGACAUCCUGAAAACCGAGGGCGAGCCCUGCGGGGACGAGGGCGCCGAACCGCCCGUCGAGGGAGACAUCCAUUACCAGCGCGGCGACGGCGCGCCCCUGCCGCCCUCGGGCUCCAAGGACCAGGCCGUGGGGGCUGGUGGCGAGUUCGGGGGCCACGACAAGCCCAAGAUCACGGCGUGGGAAGCGGGCUGGAACGUGACCAACGCUAUCCAGGGUAUGUUCGCGGUGGACUUGCUAUACGACAUCAUGCACGGCGGCUACCUGGGGCUGUUCCUCAUCAUCUUCGCCGCCGGGGUGUGAUGCUACACCGAGAUCCUCAUCGCCUGCCUGUACGAGGAGAACGAGGACGGCGAGGUGGUGCGCGUGCGGGACUCGUACGUGGCCAUCGCCAACGCGUGCUGCGCUCCACGCUUCCCCACGCUGGGCGGCCGCGUGGUGAACGUGGCGCAGAUCAUCGAGCUGGUGAUGACUUGCAUCCUGUACGUGGUGGUGAGCGGCAACCUCAUGUACAACAGCUUCCCGGGGCUGCCCGUGUCGCAGAAGUCCUGGUCCAUCAUCGCCACGGCCAUGCUGCUGCCCUGCGCCUUCCUUAAGAACCUCAAGGCCGUUUCCAAAUUCAGCCUGCUGUGCACCUUGGCCCACUUCGUCAUCAACAUCCUGGUCAUCGCCUACUGCCUGUCGCGGGCGCGCGACUGGGCCUGGGAGAAGGUCAAGUUCUACAUCGACGUCAAGAAGUUUCCCAUCUCCAUCGGCAUCAUCGUGUUCAGCUACACGUCGCAGAUCUUCCUGCCUUCGCUGGAGGGCAACAUGCAGCAGCCCAGCGAGUUCCACUGCAUGAUGAACUGGACACACAUCGCCGCCUGCGUGCUCAAAGGCCUCUUCGCGCUCGUCGCCUAUCUCACCUGGGCCGACGAGACCAAGGAGGUCAUCACGGACAACCUGCCCGGCUCCAUCCGCGCGGUGGUCAACAUCUUCCUGGUGGCCAAGGCGCUGCUGUCCUACCCGCUGCCCUUCUUCGCCGCCGUCGAGGUGCUGGAGAAGUCGCUCUUCCAGGAAGGCAGCCGCGCCUUCUUCCCCGCCUGCUACGGCGGCGACGGCCGCCUCAAGUCGUGGGUGACGCUGCGCUGCGCGCUGGUGGUCUUCACGCUGCUCAUGGCCAUCUACGUGCCGCACUUCGCGCUGCUCAUGGGCCUCACGGGCAGCCUCACGGGCGCCGGCCUCUGCUUCCUGCUGCCCAGCCUUUUCCACCUGCGCCUGCUCUGGCGCAAGCUGUUGUGGCACCAAGUCUUCUUCGACGUCGCCAUCUUCGUCAUCGGCGGCAUCUGCAGCGUGUCCGGCUUCGUGCACUCGCUCGAGGGCCUCAUCGAGGCCUACGGAACCAACGCGGAGGACUAG